AUGAAUAAUGAAGAACCAUCUUUAUCUGCUGUAAAACAGAAACCCAAAUGCACACUUUCCGAAUUAGUUCAAUAUCAAUCUUACAUCUUUAACGAAUUUAACAUUUUUAAAUGCCGAAUUAGAUGUACUGGCAAACCAACUAUUGAAAUAACGCCGGUUUAUGAUUCCGAGGGUAAUCCUAUUGCUCCUGGUCACCCUGCUUCAUAUUCAACACUUCAAGAGUCGAAGCGAUACGAUCCGCGAAAACAAUUCUUGGCUGUGCUUGGCAAACACUUUGAUGGCAAGACCGCACAGCGCCGUGGCACCGUUCAAGAAAAGCCUUCAAAUAACUUACCUAGCUUACGAACUUGUUAA